CGCCUCACACCCCCCACACACCGAGUCAUCGCUCGCCGGAGUUAGAGUUCGUAGCGGCGAAGGAUAUAGCCAUAUAUUAUAGAUGGCGAUUGGUGUUGGUGGCUGCUGCGCCGUGCUGCUCGCGGCGGCGCUGCUCUUCUCCUCUCCGGCCACCACAUAUGCUUAUGAUUCCCUGGAUCCAAACGGCAACAUCACGAUAAAAUGGGAUGUGAUGCAAUGGACUCCUGAUGGCUAUGCUGCCGUUGUCACACUGUCCAACUACCAGCAAUUCCGGCACAUCCAGCCACCGGGGUGGCAGCUGGGGUGGACAUGGCAGCAGAAGGAGGUGAUCUGGUCCAUGUACGGCGCGCAGGCCAUCGAGCAGGGCGACUGCUCCAUGUCCAAGGAGGGCAGCAAUGUCCCCCACAGCUGCAAGAAGCAUCCCACCGUCGUCGACCUCCUCCCGGGCGCCCCAAUCGACCUGCAGAUCGCCAACUGCUGCAAGGCUGGAUCACUGAGCGCAUUCAGCCAGGACCCGGCAAAUUCUGCCGCGUCGUUUCAGAUCAUUGUAGGCCAUUCUGGGAACAGCAAUGAGACUGUUAGGGUGCCGAAGAACUUCAGUCUUAUGGCGCCUGGUCCGGGGUAUACCUGUAGCCGUGCUAUGAUUGUGAAGCCUAGUAGGUUUUUAAGUCCGGAUGGGAGGAGGGCGACUCAAGUUCUGAUGACAUGGAAUGUGAUCUGCACAUACUCCCAAUUUCUUGCACAAAAGGUUCCAUCCUGCUGUGUUUCUCUCUCGUCGUUCGACAAUGACAAAACUGUUGACUGCCCAACAUGCUCUUGUGGCUGCCGAAAUGAAAAAUCUACUACAGGAAAAUGUGUAAAGAAGAAUGCACCUGAUUUGCAAUCCAUCAUUCACGGCCCUGGCAGAUGGACCUGGCAGCCUCUUCUCCAGUGCACUUCACACAUGUGCCCAGUGAAAAUUAACUGGCACUUGAUGCUCAAAGACAAGGAACACUACAGAGUGAAAAUCACUGUCACUAACUUGAACUACCGCAUGAAUUUCACCGAAUGGAACCUGGUUGUUCAGUAUCAUCCCAUCCUCGAUAUCACCCAGAUAUCUGGCUUCAAUUACAAGUCAAUCCAAGUCGGCAAAAUAAAUGAUACUACGAUGCUAUGGGGAGUAAAGCCCUACUAUGAUUUGCUCAUGCAAGCUGGUCCGCUUGGAAAUGUGCAAGGAGAACUGAUUGUGAGAAAGGAUUUCAGGGCUUCUUCCACUACUAACAAUAACAAGGGAAGGGCCUUCCCAGUCCGUGUGUACUUCAACGGUGAUAACUGUGUGAUGCCGCCUCCGGAUGCAUAUCCAGUUAGUAUUACGGCUUAGAGGCGAUCGUCAAGAUGAUUGUAUCGCAUUACUAUAUUUAUGGGGUCAUGAAUAAAGUGUAUUGUCUUGCCUAUUGAAGAUUAGAAGUAACUAUAAUUAAAUUGAAUCUCCAACUAGUAUUAAGAUUGUCAGAGGUCUGUUAUUUUGCUUGUA